AUGCCGUCUCCACCAGUCGAGGUCUUCUUAACGACUAUUGCAUCUCAACCAGCUUUAAGAAAGCGGCAAGAAUAUAUCCUUCGUAUCCUCCAAGUUAAGAAGGUCCCGUUUACUUCCUACGACUUAGCGUCAAGCGAAGAUGCAAAGAAACUAUGGAAAAGAAAGGCACCCCUAGCCAAGCAACAACUUCCGGGUAUCCUUGUCGGAGGCAUGUUUCCUGGAACAUUUGAAGAUUUUGAAGAAGCCGUAGAAUAUGACGAGUUGGAAAGAUUCUUACGCUUGGAUGAGUCUUGGGAUGCAGAUGAACUAGAUACCCCUUCUCUGGAUGCGAAGCCUAUAGGUGUACCUGGAGCAUCUUCACCGGCGCAGAUGACAAGCCAAAAGCCAUCAUUCGCGAGCUCGCAUUCGCCGUUGAAGGACAAGACAAAAGCAGCAAGUGAACUUGAUGCCGGAUCGUUGUUGGGGGAUAAUAGCCUGCAUGGCGUAUCGGUUACGGAUGACGAGCUAGCUGACCUUGUGAAGGAACUGGGUUUGGAGGGAGAUGAGGCUGGCGAUCUUGUGAAGGGCCUCAGUUCUAGUAAGGAACCCGCAUCUGAGCCACAAACAGCACCUUCAGAAAAGAAGCAAGACGCAGAAAGCUCAACUGCAGAAAAAUCACCGAAAGAGUCGGUAGGUGGGACUGACGACCCAAAUGUAGUGACGGCUUCUUCGCAGUCCGACAAGGAACACUCAAAGAAGGAAGAUGAUGUGCCGGAACAACAGAAAGUUGCGUAA